CUUCGUGAGUAGAAAAAGAAGCUCUAAUGGAGAAAUGUGGUAAACAGAACACAGGCUGUGAUGUCGAUAAUACCACAGGUCUAGUUUCUUUUUCACGGCACACAUAUCUACACAUAUUCCCAUGUGUCAGAACCAGACGUUUCUACGUGGGACAUAAACAGAACGCUGAGUAGCACAUUUCACAACAUCAGGGAAAAACAUUUCUCCAAUGAUUUAUUUACUUGUGUGUGUGCAUAUUUGCCAGGACGAGUUAGCACCCCUCAUACACAUGAGUGCUAAUUUCCCCUCGUGCUGGUCUGAGCGUCAUGCCUGACCGGGAUAGUUCCUAUCUGUCAGGUGGUGGUGGUAGUCUGGGUGAGGAAGGAGGGCCUGGGUCAGGUCUGGCAGGCGGCUCAGUAGAGGGUAGAGGGGGCUCAGGAGGAAGUAUUGGAGGCAACACCUCUGGUUCUGGGAACAUGGGAGGAGGAGGAGCACUUGGAAAUGGCAACAGUUGUGGGAGUGGUGGAGGGCAAGGCGCGGGACCGGCUUUAGACGGUGUCUGCAGGGACUUCAUACGCAAUGUCUGCAAGAGAGGGAAACGCUGCCGCUUCAGACAUCCCGACUUUAAUGAGGUACCAAACUUAGGAGUACAAAAGAAUGAGUUCAUCUUUUGUCAUGACCAUCAGAAUAAGGAGUGUACACGUACCAACUGUCGCUUUGUCCAUGGAUCUAAAGAAGACGAGGACUACUACAAGAAAUCAGGAGAGCUGCCUCUCAGGCUGCGAGGGAAAGUUGCAGCAAGAUUGGGUCUCUCCCCCAUGGAUCUUCCCCAUAGCCGUGGGGAGGUCCCUAUCUGCAGAGACUACCUGACUGGAGAGUGUCAGAGGGGCAACAAAUGCAAAUUUCGCCAUGUCAAAAAAGACUUUGAAUAUGAGCCUUCCAGGGUUGGAGUGGGUGGUGUGAUGGGACCAGGUGCCAGUGGAAUGGUGAAUGCUGGGGUCGGGAUAGGUGGUGGAGGAGUAGUAGGAGGUGUCUGUGGAGGCAUGCAGGGACUUGUAGGAGUUGGAGGUGGGAGUAAUAUAAUGGGUAUGGGAUGUCCCAGCUUGGGUGGUUGCCGAGAUCCAGGUAUCUCUGGAGUUGGGGGAGUAGGAGUUGGUGGGAUGAGUGGUUGUCUGUCCAUAAGUUCUUCAGCACAGCGACGUUAUGACAGGAGCUCAGUGUACGAUCCUCUGCUGGAGAACGGGUUGUUUGAUGCCAGUUCCUUAGAAGCCUCAAUCGACCACACUGCUCUGCAGUUGAAGAGGCGUCGGUUGGAGGGGUUCCGCCUGGCAGAUGGUAAUGUCGGUGGACACUAUGAACUGGGACUUCAGGCCACCUUGCAACCACGCCCAUUUGAAUACAGGAUCCUGGAGGAAGAAAAUGCCCUGCUGAGGAAGAGAGUGGAAGAGUUAAAGAAACAGGUUUCAAAUCUCAUUGCCACAAACGAGGUUCUCCUGGAGCAGAAUGCCCAGUUCAGAAACCAGGCCAAGGUGAUGACCCUCUCUUCCACUCCUGCACCCAGUGAGCAGACUCUGGUUCCCCCUGUGGGUGCAGUAAGUUCCUACAAUCACAGCAUCGCCCAGACCCACACCACCCUGAGCAGCGCCGGACUGCAGCCUCGGCCUGUCACACAGCAAGACCUGGUAGCUUCCACGGGUGCCCCUACUGCGCCCCCUAGCAAUGCAGCCCCACCGACGGCCCCUCCGCCCCACCUCAACCCUGAGAUCACUCCCCUCUCUGCUGCCCUCGCACAGACCAUUGCACAAGGAAUGGCACCUCCCGUCUCCAUGGCACCGGUGGCAGUUUCUGUGGCACCAGUUGCAGUGUCUAUGACGCAGCCUAUGCCCGGCAUCACCAUGAGUCAUGCCACUACCCCGAUGGUGUCGUACCCCAUUGCCAGUCAAAGCAUGAGGAUCACCACUCUGCCUCACUAACUGAUCCAGUGGUCAGGGCUGGAGUGGACACAUGGUGAACUGAAGCAUCCUCAGUGAGGAUUUUAUCAUACAUGAUACACGACUCACCUGAUGAAUGGACAGUGAUAAGAGAGGUCUCUUCUCCACCAAAGGGCAGGAUAAUGACUUUUCCUUUCCUUCGCCCUGUAUUCUUUGGCUACAUUACAGCAACAUGUUUCCUGCAGGCAAACUGACAUGUGAACUGUGACGAAAGUCUGUACCAAAGGAAACAUUUUCAAAUAUAGGCACCAAAAAUGGUAACAGACUCUUUUGGAGAUGUCAUCAAGUGUUUUAAGCAUUUCCGCAAGACUGCUGUGUCAUGGGAACCAUGCAGACUGUGGAAGCAGUUUGUGUCUAUUUUUUGUGGUUUGCUCUUGUGUAGUCUGACUUUGGUCGCAAAAUAAAAAAAAAAAGAAAAAGAAUAACAACCAC